AUGCACGAAGCGGGGUACAGAGGGUAUAUCGCUCGGAAAAAACCACUUAUAAAGGACUCAAAUCGUUGGAAACGUAUGCUGUGGGUUCGUCAACAUUGGCUGAAGCCAAAACAAUUUUGGGAUUCUAUUCUUUGGUCUGAUGAGAGUAAGUUUAAUCUAUUCGGCUCUAAUGGGCGCCAGAUAGUUUGGCGACAAACAAAUGAAUCUAUGAAAAGAGAAUGUCUUAAACCUACAGUCAAAUGUGGUGGAGGAUCCGUGAUGGUAUGGGACUGUAUGGCGGCUAGUGGCGUUGGAAAUUUGGUACGGGUGGAUGGAACUAUGAAUAGAGAACAAAAUGAAAAAAUUCUGACCGAAAAUGUGAAACAAUCAGCAAAGAUACUCAAAUGCAAUCAUUUAUUUUCCAGCAAGAUAAUGACCCGAAACACGGCUAAAACAAUAAGUCAAUGGUUCGUAAAAAAUCAAAUCAAUACUCUCAAAUGGCCCGCACAAUCGCCCGACCUAAAUCCUAUCGAACACGCUUGGGAUGAGUUGGAGCGUCGCAUGAAGCGCCAUUCACCGAAAAACAAGGAGGAAUUAUGGAUGAUUUUGAAAAAAGAAUGGAAAGGUAUUGGACGAGAUGUAACAUCAAGAUUGGUGAACUCAAUGUCGAAACGAUUUCAAGAAGUUAUGAAACAUCGUGGUGGACCAAUGCGUUAUUAA